CGUGGAGGCGGGCGGGGACCGUGAGGGGCCGUGAGGGGACCCGGGAACGGCACCGGCCGAGGCACCCCGCCACCGACCCCGCCACCGAGCUCGGGCCCAGGGCACGGACGCAAUGAAAAUUUAGGAAGACAUUUGCCAAAUAAAGAAGAUGGGAGCAAAUAGCAGCAGCAUCAGUGAGCUUCCAGAAAAUGAGUACUUGCAGAAACUGUCAGGAUCAGAGCCCAUCUCUGAGAAUGACCCGUUCUGGAAUCAGCUUCUGUCUUUUAGCUUCACCACUCCAACAAACAGUGCUGAUUUAAAGCUCUUGGAGGAAGCCACCAUCUCAGUCUGCAAGUCUUUGGUUGAGAAGAAUCCUCGAACAGGAAACCUUGGAUCAUUGAUUAAAGUCUUUCUUUCUAGAACCAAAGAGUUAAAAAUUUCAGCAGAAUGUCAGAACCACCUCUUUAUCUGGCAGGCUCACAAUGCACUGUUCAUAAUUUGCUGUUUGCUGAAAGUAUUCAUCAGUCGAAUGUCAGAAGAGGAGCUGCAACUUCAUUUUACUUACGAAGAGAAGGCAGGACCAAGCUCAUAUGGAACAGAAUGUGAAGACCUCAUAGAAGAGCUGCUGUGUUGCCUCAUCCAGCUCAUUGUUGAAAUUCCCCUCUUGUACCCCUGUCAGCACACAGACAGUAACUGGUGGAAAUGGUUGUGCUCAUGGUACAGGGGAAGGUACAGUGGAGGUGUCACUUCAGCUCUGGGGUAUGCAGUAAGAGAUAUUACAUACAGCAUUUCUUUGGAAGCCGUGACAACUCUCAUUGUAUUCCUCUCCUGCCAAUUAUUCCACAAAGAGAUUCUGCGAGAGAGCAUCAUUCACAGAUACCUGAUGCAUGGUCGAUGUCUCCCAUACACCAGCAGACUUGUGAAAACUUUGCUGUAUAAUUUCAUUAGGCAAGAGAGGAGCCCUCCUCCAGGGGCCCACGUCUUUCAGCAGCAAACAGAUGGAGGAGGACUGCUUUAUGGAAUUGCAUCUGGGGUGGCAACUGGCCUGUGGACAGUGUUCACGCUGGGUGGGGUGGGCAGCAAAGCGUCGGCGCAGCUGGAGCAGUGCUCUCCUCUGGCCAGCCAGAGCCUGCUGCUGCUGCUGGUCCUGGCCAACCUGACCGACGCCCCAGACACCCCGAACCCCUACAGGCAAGCCAUCAUGUCCUUCAAGAACACACAAGAUAACACUGCUUUUUCGUCAUCAAAUCCACAUGCUUUCCAGAUUAACUUUAACAGUUUAUACACAGCUUUAUGUGAGCAGCAGAAAUCUGAUCAAGCCACUCUUCUCCUAUAUAUGCUUCUGCAUCAGAACAGCAACGUGCGGACCUACGUGUUGGCACGGACAGACAUAGAAAAUCUGGUUCUGCCAAUUCUUGAAAUUUUGUAUCACGUUGAAGAAAGGAAUUCGCACCAUGUUUACAUGGCCCUUAUAAUUUUGCUGAUCCUUACAGAGGAUGAUGGCUUCAACCGAUCCAUUCACGAAGUGAUACUGAAAAACAUCACUUGGUAUGCUGAGCGUGUCCUAACAGAGAUCUCACUUGGGAGUCUUCUGAUACUGGUUGUGAUAAGAACCAUCCAGUACAACAUGACACGGACAAGGGACAAAUACCUUCAUACAAAUUGUCUGGCAGCCUUAGCAAAUAUGUCAGCACAAUUCCGCUCGCUUCAUCAGUAUGCUGCUCAGAGGAUCAUCAGUUUAUUUUCUCUGUUGUCUAAAAAACACAACAAAGUGCUGGAGCAAGCCACGCAGUCCUUGAGAGGUUCCCUGGGUUCAAACGACUCUCCACUUCCUGAUUAUCACUUUUGGGAGAUGUCUGAUUGCCUUCACUUCUCUGAAACAAAGUUGGGACAAGCACAAGACCUGAAUGUGAUCGAGGAGGUGAUCCGAAUGAUGCUGGAGAUUAUCAACUCCUGCCUGACCAACUCUCUCCAUCACAACCCCAACCUGGUGUAUGCUCUGCUCUACAAGCGGGAUCUGUUCGAGCAGUUUCGGACUCACCCUUCCUUCCAGGACAUAAUGCAAAAUAUAGACCUGGUGAUCAGCUUUUUCAGCUCCCGAUUAGAGCAAGCUGGAGCUGAGCUGUCAGUGGAGCGAGUUCUGGAAAUCAUCAAGCAAGGAGCUGUUGCUUUGCCCAAAGACAGGCUAAGAAAGUUCCCCGAGCUGAAGUUCAAGUACGUGGAGGAGGAGCAGCCCGAGGAGUUCUUCAUCCCCUACGUGUGGUCCCUGGUGUACAACUCUGCCGUGGCCCUGUACUGGAACCCCCGUGACAUCCAGCUCUUCACCAUGGACUCGGGCUGAGGGACAGCCCAGCCAGGCCAGCCCCACUCCUUCUUACAGGAAUCUGAACCUCUGCACCCCUUCCAACCUGACCCCCUCCAGCUGCCCCCUCCGACCCCAGAGACAGUGUCCAGCCCAGCCUCACGCUGGGACAAGCUGGUGUGGGGCACUGAUGGCUUGUAGGCAACCUUGUGUUUAUAGUCCAUAACCUUGAGCUUGUUUGAUGAAAACGAGGCCUUACACAUGGGGUGUGAUGUUACUACCAACCACAAACCUGAUCGUCCUUUUAACUUAACGGGCUAAAUGAGAUUGCAGGCUUUGAUUUGGAAGCAGCAUUUGUAUUUUUGGCUCUUUCCAGCGGGCAGCUUCCUUGGGUCAAGCUUUUUAUGGUCUCUGAGAUGCUGCUGUGGGUUGCUCCUUACCUAAUCCCAUGUUUUCACUCACAGCCCUUCGUUUCCGUGGCACUGUCAAGGCUGCAGCCCUUAAAUUGCUGUCAUCCGAGGGAACUAAGCAAGCAGCAUCUCAAUCAGGUUAGCUCCCAGGCAGAUUCAAAACACUUGAUUUAGAUGUUUGUGGGAGGAUUUUCAAUAGCAAGUCUUCUGUUGUUGUUGUUGUUGUUUGACUGGCAAAUACUCUCCAGAGGGCAAGAAACACCUGCUUUCAGAGUCAGGUCCCUUACAGACUUGUUUUUCUGUGCUCCUGUUCAAAAUUGUUCCUGGAAAUUGAACAUGUAAAGAAAGCGGGGAGGGGAAAAAAAGUCCAAAGAAAAUAAUUACAAGAUUGUAAAAUAGACCAGUGUCCUGUAAACCUGUGCGUAAUGGUGACAGUGUGUUUUGGGGAUCCUUGACAAAACUCUGUGUUGAAAACCUCCUGUCGGCUUUUAAAGUUUUAUGGCAGAAGUAUAAAUUUAUCUGAAUGUAGAA